UUAAUUUAUUUUAAUUUGCAUCCACUUGACGAUGAAAUUGAGACCAAACUCACAUCUGCAAUUUUUAACUCUCCAGUCGUCUUCUAAUUCUUCACUCUCUCUGUAACUCGCUUCUCUCACUCACCAAACCCUAAUUCCCAAUUUUACCACUCUCGCCGCAAUCUCUCACCAUCGGAUUCAAAAAUCCCAACUUUAUAUCAAUUACUUCGUUUCCAGUUAUUGAUUUGAUCUUAUACAUAUUUAAUUUGAUUUGAUUUGAUUAUUCUCACUCUAAUCUCACGAUGAAAGAGGGUAAACUAAAUCAUCAACUUCAGCACCAGAACGGUCAUCUUUCUCCUUUCAAAUUCGCCAAAUUGCUCGAUCCAGAAGCUUCAUGGGACAAGGAUCAACUUGGUGAUGUAUUGCAUUGGAUUCGACAAGCAAUGGGCCUUAUAUUCGGAUUACUUUGGGGCGCCUUUCCAGUGGUGGGAGGAUUUUGGUUUAUCCUCUUUUUAGUUUUGUCCUCCGGGAUCAUAUAUGGUUAUUAUUCAGUAAUAUUGAAGGUUGACGAAGAGGAAUUUGGUGGCCACGGAUCCCUCCUCCAAGAGGGGCUUUUUGCUUCUACAACUCUAUUCCUGCUUUCCUGGAUUCUAGUCUACAGUUUAGCACACUUCUGAUUGGCGAGGAACUUGAAGUGUUGCUAAUAUCUCCGAGCGUCUGUGACUUUUAAAAGUUUAUAUUUGAUUUCAUGUUGGACCAUAGUGUUCUGAAAUCAAUGAGAAAAAUGUGGGUUGUGCGGGUAUUUAUUUUCUAUGUAAACCAUUCUGAUUUUGUGGAGGAUGAAUGAAUUUGCUGCUGCUUUCCAUGAUGGCUAGUAGCUGUUCUAAUUAGCAUUUCGAGUGACACCACAUGUUUGUGGCAAAUUAUGGAUAGAAUUAACGACAAACAAAAUUCUGUUAAACUGUUGAAUAAAGGUGCUUGCAGGCAAAUUCUUCUAAA